UACUGCAGUAAAAAGAAAAAAAAAAAAAAAAAAAAAGAGAGAGAGAGAGAAACAUAUUGUAAGCUGUAAAGUUCAUAUAAACAUGAGGCGUUAUUAAUCUGCUCCUGAAAAGCCCCCACAAGCCCCAAGCCAGUCAAAUCAAUUUUCCUGAUAAUGGUGUCAUGAAAUGUAGGCACUAAUGGAAAUAUCUUAAACAUUGUAGAAUUCAAUUCAAAAUGUUCACCUACAAAAUAAUCUAUAGUAAUUAAUGUUUAUAUAGUGCAUUAUAAUGUGUUUUAUAGAGUACAUUAUCUCUUUGACACUCAUAAUUACUCUGUGAGGUGGGUAUUAUUAUUGCCAUUUCCCAGAUUCGGAAACUGAGCCAAAGAGCAAUAAAAUGGCUUGCCCAGGGUCACAUAGCCAGUAAAUGGUAGAAAUGCAGCUGAGCCUGAGUCUUUCAAAUCCUCCUAUGCUCUUUGAACUACACCACACUCUUCUUCAAAGUAGUCAGUAAAUAGACUGUGACUUCAUAGCAAGAAUUUUCCAGAACACAUAGGGCUAAUUGACUCAAGCGGUAAGAAAUAGGAAACUACUGUCUCAAACUCAGUUUUAUGCUUCUAUUUCUGGAACAGUUUUGAUCCUCUGCACCCUGCUGUUGUCAAGAUGGGAGAGUUUCUUGUUUUAACGUUAAGUAACUAUAGUUUUCAAUAAAAUGGAUUUCCCUAGCUAACAUCUCAGUUACUCUUGAAAGAAAGCUAAGGGCUUGCUUUCUCUGCCAGAAUCAUUUUACAUUAAACUGUAAAACACAUUUUGAGCAACAGUUUUAUAAGAAAAUAUCACCACCCCAAUUCUAUCACACCUUAAAAUUGCGGUUUGUGAGAAAAAGCGACCCUAUAUAUUUGAAUUUUGUAAUCUCACAAGAUGGUAAUCUGCGAUACCUAUUAUCUGGGUGAUAAGAGUCAAUUAGAGCCGUUGACUGGGUUUGAACCCAGGAUUUAGUGCCUAUAGAUUGCUGAUCCUGUCUCAAAUUCACACAACAAUCAAUAUCAAAACUGAAUAAUGCUAACAUUGAGAUCUGUCUUGCAUUGUGAAGGUUUAUGGUUUUGAUUUUUAAAACAAUGUCUUGGCAUGAGAACAAAACACCACUCUUCCUAUUCCCUUGAGCUGAAAAAUUUUCAGUAGCUGGUGCUUCUGGUCUGACUUCUCACUAUCAGCUUUUAUGCCUUUAGACUACGACUCAGCCCCAUAAGUGAAGAAGGGUUUGAUUUCUGGCAAGUGCAUAGCUCUAAGACAGUCCUCCUGAUACUGUUUUUCUGUUGGGUUAGGCGAAGAGCAAAAGCAGUAGAGUGCAGACGCAGCACCAGCGUCUCAAAGCAGGAGGAACUUGCAAAAACAGGACCAAGACUGACACACUUUCUUCAUCUUCCAAGUACAAUGUCUCGUCCGGCAUACAGGAGACCGGAAUACCAUAAAAUAAACAAAGAUCUCUUUGUCCUCACCUAUGGAGCUCUGGUUGCCCAACUCUGCAAGGAUUAUGAAAAAGAUGAAGAUGUGAAUAAAUAUUUAGACACAAUGGGGUAUGGCAUUGGAACACGGCUGAUAGAAGACUUUUUGGCUCGAUCGCGUGUGAGAAGAUGCCAUAGCUAUUCAGAAAUUGCCGACAUAAUUGCCCAGGUUGCUUUCAAGAUGUACUUGGGAAUUACACCAAGUGUGACCUGUAACAAUGCCAGCAGAAACGAAUUUUCCCUGAUUCUAGACAAGAAUCCUCUGGCAGAGUUUGUGGAAGAGCUCCCCGCUGGGCGAUCUUCUCUGUGCUACAGCAAUUUACUCUGCGGGAUUAUCAGAGGAGCCCUGGAAAUGGUUCAUUUGGCUGCUGAUGUUACAUUCUUGCAAGACAGACUAAAAGGUGACAGUGUGACAGAAAUAGGAAUAACAUUUCUGAAAAAGCUAGAUGAGAAAAAAUACAGACGGAAAUAAUGAAGAAUAGCAUGCAAAAUGCCACAGGCCAGCUGGUUGAGGAGUUAAUAUUAGCUAAACAUAUCUAUCCAUAUAAAUUUCGAAAUGCUUAAUAGCCUGGGAUUUAAAGGCUUAUAAAUCAGCCAGAAAUUUGAAAUGUAGGGCACUAAGAUUUAAAGCUGUUUUUUCCUUUGCUUAUAAAUCAUGCAUUUUCAAUCUCAAGUUCACAAGAUUUCAUAUACAAAUAACUCCUUGUAAGACAGCAAGCAUGAAUUCUACAUAUUACAUAGUCCAUCCUAAGAGAAUCUGUUUAUUUCUUUUACCUGUGAUAAUGGAAAAAAAUUAUACCACCAACACAGUUGGUGUAUUUAUUCCUUCUUUGUGAAAAAACGGAUGAUAUGAUACAAUGUAAAGUUCACUAUACAAAGACAGUUUCAAGAUACUGUGUAUUGCAUUUUCUAUAGAAACAGUGUCAUUUGUAACAACUUUCCCAAUGUUUGAGAAACUAUAGAUAUGAUUUUUCUCAUAUAUUGUCUUGGCUUAUAGCUUCAGCCUCCUGAAACUACUCUUGGUUUAGUAAUUAUCAAGAUAAAUUAUUUAUUUGGAUGCUAAUUCUGAAAUAUUUUUUAAAGCACUUAAUUUUCAUUCAUUUAAUUUUUAGAGAGGUUAUAGUAACCAAAGUCCUUCCACUUCUCAUGAAAUAUUGCUGAUGGUUAGGCCAGGAAAUGUCUAAGAUGAGAGGUAAAUAAUGUUCUUUGAGACUACUUUCUUACCCCAAAACUUAUUCAGUUAGAAAUUUUGGUAUCAUUUUUAUCUCCUAAAAAUCAUACAAACUGUAUUUUGUUCAUGGCCAGAACAUUUAAAAUUCAAAUGUACUGGAUUAAAUGAAUGAUAAUCUUUAUCGGACCGUAAGCAUAUAGCACUCCAGAAUCUACUGAGCUUGGCAGAGAACUCAAAUUUUAAGUAAAAGUUACAGUUAGUGUGGUACUAUUGGUUAAAACUGGUGUAAAUAAUGUGGACGUAAUAGACCUCAACUAGGACUCAGGAGCCUAAAGAUACAGUCCUGGUUGUUUCUGGUGGCUUCAGCUGAUUCUGACUCUGGCUGAUCCUGGGCAAGGCAGAUCAUCUCUCGGCCUCUCUCUCUCACUCACUUAUCUAUAAAAUGAGAGGAUCAGAUGCAAUGUAAUA